AUGGACUACGCGCAUCAGUUUGAGCUAAAUACGCCGGCAGCGGCAUCCGCCGUGUCCUUCAGUCCCAGCAACGAGCUUGCUAUUGGAUCUGACGACGGCAGCGUGCGCAUCUACCAGCUUCCUUCGACGAAGGUUUCCAAAGCCAUUCGUCGACUCGGCCAGGACAUCGCGUCAAUCUGUUGGGUGCAACCAAGGCCGGUUGCCAGUGCCAGCUUAUGGGUAGCAAGUGGGCCGACGGCAUAUCUGUUUGACCUGGCGAACCAAAAACUAGUUCUCCAACCUAUCGAUGCAGUACACAAGAUAGUAUUAGGUAAGAACGACGAAGAUGUGAUCAACGAGCUUAGCAUAAAUGAGUCCAAGAAAAGUCUUGCGUUCAGCACUGACGCAGGAGCCGUCGGUGUCGUGGAGCUCUCGACUUUAUCUAUUACAAGGAUGAAGACUACGCACACAAACAUCUCGUCUUCGGCCAAGUUCGUUCCGGAUCGGUCGAGUGAGGUCCUGAGCGGGGGCUUCGACUCCGCAUGGAUUCACUUCGACUAUAAGCAAAAUACUGUCCUAUCACGGCUUGACGUCGCGCCACCAACAUCAGGCAUCUCACUUUCCCCACCAUUCAUUCUGUCGACCUCAAUCUCGCCCAACGGACUCGUUGCAGCCACAACAGCAGACGGCAGAUUAUGGAUCGGAAGUGGCGGUGAUAAGAAUGCACCAUCUGUGGACAAGAAGAAACGCAGCAGAAAGUGGCAAGGUUUGAGAGAGCAAGACGGGCUGUUUAUGCAGGUCGCCGAUGGACCUGUGGUCAGCUGUGACUUUGCUCCGAAUGCGACAGCUCUCCUCACGAGCACAUUACUGGGCAGGCUUGCCCGCCACGACAUUUCGUAUGAUGACCAGCAAAAGCUUCACGUCAACACUGCAUGGAGGGCCGAAGUCCGGAAUUUGGUGAAGGUGAAUGGGAUUGCUCUCAAUGAUAAGUAUUUGGCUGUGGGCGGGAUCACCAAGGAUGGGAAAGGCUUGGUCGAGGUCUGGAGUCUGGACGAGGGCGUCUCAGCAGAGCAGAUGUCCCAGCUAUCCCUGUAA